AUUAAUGCUCAUUCCAUCUCCUUCACUACAUCCAACGUCCUCCACCAUGGAACCACCAUGGCUAGACGAUCUCUCCGACGACCUUCAAAGCCUCAGCUUCAACUCCUCCUCCACCACCACCACAACCACCACCACCACCGACAUCAACCGCAGCACCAGCUCCUCAUCCGAAACCAACUGGACCACCACCACCACCACCAAACCCCAACUCUCCUUCUCCGACCUCCGUUUCCUCCACCGCCUUGGCUCCGGCGACAUUGGCUCCGUCUACCUCGCCACACUCAAAUCCUCCGCUGCCACUACCACCACCACCGCCGGUGCAGCCUUAUUUGCCGCCAAAAUUAUGGAUAAGAAAGAAAUUGCUAGCCGGAACAAAGAAGGAAGAGCAAAGGCAGAAAAGAAGAUUUUAGAAACAUUGGAUCAUCCGUUUUUACCGACGCUUUAUGCGUCGUUGGAGUCGACGAACUGGUCGUGUUUGUUGACGGAGUUUUGCCCCGGUGGGGAUCUUCACAUUCUCCGGCAACGUCAGCCGUGUAAACGCUUCACGGAAUCUGCCGUAAGGUUCUAUGCAUCCGAGGUGGUUGUAGCUCUGGAGUAUCUCCAUAUGUUGGGAAUCGUGUACCGAGAUCUCAAGCCCGAAAACGUUUUGGUCCGAUCGGAUGGUCACAUUAUGUUAACCGACUUCGAUCUUUCGUUGAAAUGCGACCUCUCUACGUGUACUCCGGCUCAAGUUUUCCCUAAUCGCGACGACCAAAACCCGACACUAUCAACCGAUCAUCGACCCGUUGACCCACCCAAAUUCGCCUCGUCUUCAUGCAUUCUUCCCCAUUGCAUUGUCCCGUCUGUCUCGUGCUUCCACCUUAAGCGGAAGCGGAAGAAGAAGCCCGCGAACCAUGGUGGGCCCGAGUUCGUGGCGGAGCCGGUGGACGUCCGAUCAAUGUCGUUUGUUGGGACCCACGAGUAUUUAGCACCCGAAAUUGUAUCGGGUGAGGGACAUGGUAGCGCGGUUGAUUGGUGGACACUAGGAAUAUUUAUGUUUGAACUAUUUUAUGGUGUGACACCUUUUAAGGGGAUAGAUAAUGAGCUAACACUAGCUAAUAUUGUGGCUCGGGCUCUCGAGUUCCCUAAAGAGCCCGCGGUUCCAGUUGCGGCUCGAGACCUAAUAUCUCAAUUGUUGGUUAAGGACCCGGAUGGGCGAAUGGGGUCUACAAUGGGUGCAUCGGCGAUCAAGCACCACCUGUUUUUCCAUGGGGUCAAUUGGGCGCUCUUGAGAUGUGAAAAGCCGCCGUUUGUACCGCCACCGUAUCGCCACCGCGAAGUGGCGGAGGACGAUGGUUGUCCCGGUACUCCGGUGGAAUACUAUUAGCAUGGAAUCAAGAAUUAUAUAAUUUGUGGAUGUAUUUUGAUGUCACCAAAUUGGCAAAUUUUGAUUUUAGGAACCAUGGAAUUGGAUUAAACUUUGUACUUUGGGCCGGGUUGUA